GAACUAGGCGAUGUUAACAGAAAAGUUGCUUGUACCAUCUCAAAGAUCGUAAUGAAUCCUUGGCCUUUAUGUGGAGCGUCCCAUUUAAUUAUGCCUUCUACUCAAAUUGGUGGAUAUAUAAAGGUCGUGUCAGAGCUAAUCAAGAUGUACCAUGAACUUCCAAAUGAAGGGGACAAUAAAGUUUACCGCGGAGUCCUAAGUGAUGAUUUGCCAACCAUUGAAGUUGAGUUCUUAAAUUAUAGUACUAUUA